UACCACAGUGCUCGGAGGAGAUGUCUUCGGAUGACAGGGCUUAAAGAAGAAAUGUAGCUUCCUCCCUGCUGGGAACUGCGCGUUUCUGGCAUCUCCACACUGAAGAAACACCGUGAAGGCGUGAUCCAUCCCACCUGCAUAUACAAAUAUGAAGUUCUUGUGGAUAAUCCCAUUUUUCCUGCUGCAAGCUGAGGCAGAGCACAAGUACCUCCCGACCACCCUGGCCAGCACACACGUGUACGAGCACACACCAGGCAAUGCUACCCUUCCACUGGGCUUGGAACUGGAACAGCUGGAGGAGCUGCUCUGGUUCUUCCGCAGAGAAGACCCCUCAACAUGGAAUUACUCUGUCCUUGCGCUUUCCCUCGCAACCAUGAUUUUGGGUCUUGUUCUUCUGACCAUUAACAUUGUGCGAAACAGGAAAAGGAAGAUCCUCGCGAAUGGAGAAGCAGCACAAACCACACAGCAGGUUGACCUGGAUGCCAAGCAAGCCCUGGUGCCUGUGCAGGAAUACAGCCCGGCCGAGCCGCAAAAGCAGGAGCCAGGGCCCCAGGACCGGAGACCAGGGGACGUGACAGUCCAGUGGAAGGACGGGACUGUCACGUCCCUGUACACGGAGAUGUCUGAGGAGGCCAUAUAGUGGCAGCUGAAGUCAGCCCAUUUAGGCCUUAAGAAAGGUAUCGGAAGGUCUCAGUUCAUAGGGAUGGAAGUUUAAAAAUGCAGUUUAGCCUGGGAAAAGAGAAGAGUGAAACAAGAAAGCAGCAGAGUUGCACCUGCAGGAGGGGCCCUGGGCUCAGCUCCUGCCUGGCUGGUGUUCCCCCAUUGCUCUCGGCUGCUUCCAGCCUUCCCUCCAGUGCCAACUUCAUCUUCUUCCUCAGGUGCUGCAAACAAGAGGGAGCUGAGCCAGGGAAGGAGGUGGGAAGCUUGGCGUGCAGUCAGGCAGGGUAACCACCCUCACUUCCCAUCAGCAACACUGAAGCUGAGGCAUUUUUAUUCUUUUCAGAAUCAUCUUUAUUAAAAUACUUUCCAAAGUGGUUGAUCAAAA